AUGUCUGGAUUCUCUGCCAAAUUGCUACAGGGCAAGGUUGGCAUCGUUACUGGCGCCGGCUCGCCGUACGGCAUCGGUCGAUCACUGGUACUCGGCCUAGCUGCUGCUGGCGCCCGCGCCGUGUAUGCAACCGACCUGAUGACCAAGCACAUUGCUUCCCUACGCGACGAGGUCAAGAAGAGCGGCUCGUCCUGCGAGGUGCGUGAGCAUGUGCUGGAUGUAACCGAUGAAGCGCAGACGAUCGAAGUCCUCAAGAAGAUUAUUGCUGAUUAUGGCCGCCUCGACUUUUACUUUGCCAAUGCCGGUGUUGGCCUGUACAAGCCUCUGCCCGAGACUGAUACCAGCUAUUAUGAUAAGAUGAUCAAUAUCAUGCAGCGCUCAUUUUUCCUCGCAAUCAGAUACGGUGGCCAGGCAAUGAGCAACAUUUGUGCCGAAAAGCCUGCUCCUGGCGGGUCGAUCAUUGUCACCAGCUCAAUGGCGGGUGCAUCUGGUGGUGUUUCUGACAUCUCGUACUCCAGUGCCAAGGCUGCUGUUUCCGGUAUGGCAAAACCUGGCGCAGUCCAGCUCUCGUCGACAAAUGUUCGUGUCAACGCUAUCGCGCCGGGGUUUGUUCGCUCGUCUAUUGUCUCAUCGAGCGCCGGCUUCGACACCAGCAGGGACGAUAAGCCAUACGAGAAGAAAGACGCCGCGAGCGCCUUCGAUCGUACGAUGGGCCGAUUUGCCUCUGAGAAGCACUACUAUUCUCGAAUUUUGGAGCCCGAAGAGAUUGCCAACAUUGGCGUGUUCCUGGCGUCAGAUCUAGCCGCUUCUAUCAACGGGGAGAAUAUUAUGGCAGACAGUGGUAGAAUUGCAGCGGGCAGCAACUAUAAUGAGCCUAUGCCGCGCAUGACACCUCUCCAGCCAUAG